AUGAUUCCUGGCCUCUUGAAUAGUGCAUCUGCAGGUUCUGUUAUAGGAUUCACAGAUACCAGCUAUAUAAAAGAAUGCCUUUUUCAAAAAUAUAUCAAACAUUUCAUUCAUUCAAUUCCACCUACUUGCCCUGUUUUAUUAAUUCUUGACAGUUAUAAAAGCCAUGUUAGUUAUGCUUGUGCUAGCCUUUGCUACAACAAUAACAUUCUCCUCUAUGCACUUUUGCCCCACACAACCUAUAUACUUCAACCUGCAGAACUUUCUUUCACUUAUCUCAAACAAGCUUAUGAUAAAGAACAGUUCGAUACUUUAUCAAUGCAACCUUCUUUACAACCUUCUAUACCAACUUCAUCAUUAAAAACUAAGAUUAAAACACUUAAUAUUAGGGUUGAGCAGUUGGAAACAGAGUUGAAAGUGACAAAAGAUGAAUUAAAAACUUUUAAAAGCCCUAGCAUCUGCUCUUUAUGUUUAGCACUUAAGUACCCUCUUCCUUAUACUCUACAGUUAGUUGAAAAUUCAGAUCAAGCUGCGAACUAG